GAGGCGUAGCCUACUUUGCCCCAAGAGGUGGGGAACCACUUCCAGUAAAUCAUUUUGGGACAGCAACCUUUGAUCCCCGGGACGUUCUUUUUUUGUGCUGGUGUGCCUUGAAGGAGGGAAAACAUUUGGGGAAGAUCGUCGACGGGUAUUAUAUUUAGUACACUUGCUGGAGGGCAAUUAAUCGGGAAAAAAGUGCGAGCAAGGAUAUUUAUGGUGGGUUGAGUGGAAAAGAAGAAACAAUUUAAGAAGAAGAAGAAGAUUUAAGGGGAAAUUCUGAACUGCAUGUUUGAACAAUUGAGUAACAAAGUGACAAAGCGAUACAAGUUCAUUGAACCGGCACUGUUUGCUUGCAGCUUGUGUGUGUUUUUUGUUGUGAAAAGCUUCACCGAUCUUGAGAAAACGUUAAGUUAGAAAAGUUGAAAAGGUGAAGAAUUUUGAAUUAUUGGGUUGAGCCGAAAAAUGUUUGGUUCCAAACUGCGAUCAUGGAUGGAAAAUCAUAUUGUACGCCCAAGGAAAAAAGGGAAUAAGAACAAAAGUGGCAACAGCAGCAACAGCAACUUUGGCAUUUUGACCGCACAAAAUGGCCACGCCAAGGGAGCGUCAACGGCAGAGGGCGGCACCACAACAACCAUCGGAAGUCCCGCGAGGCGUAGCGAAGUUUCGCCGAUUCAGAAUCAUACAACAAGCCGCCGUGGCUGGCAAUCGCCGAACCAGGACCAGUUGCCGUCGCUUUCGCCACGAUCCGACGACUAUCGCCAGUACCAAUAUCAGCAACAGCAAAACCAACAGCACCACCAACACUACCAACUGCAGCAGCAACAGCUCCAAAGUCCUGCUCCAAUUUACGGCAACGGAACACUUCCGUCGGGAAGUGGCGGCGGCUACAAGCUAAGCAACAACGGGUACAUUCCUAAUCAGAACCACCAGCAGGGUAUGACCUCCUCACCGAGAAGCAUCGCCAGGGACGGCUUCAGGACGCUUGAAGCGGGAGGAAACUACUCGAAGAGUGUUGACAGUGGAAAUUUUUCGACCGCCAUGUACGGGAUUAAGGAGGAAGGAUACCGGAAGUCGUCAGGCGGUGGUGGUUCCGGGGUGAUUUCCUCGGGGAAUGUGAUGGUCAACACGUUGAACUACUCGACGGCGACUAGUUCGAGCAAUGAGUUGUUGGAGGAUUUGCAGCACAUUGAGGCGAAUCGGUUGAAACGAGGCCAGCAUACGAAGAUUAGUUCCAGCUCGUCGAGUUCCAUCAACUCGAACAACAACAACUUGGUGAACAACAACAGUAUUGUUGGUAAUGGGAACAGUAACAAUGGCAGCUUGUACAUGAACAACAACGGAUUCGAGCAGCAGCAGCAGCCGUCACGUGUUGUUUGCAAAAUGGCGCCAAUUGUCAAACAUCAACAGCAGGUGGUGGUUCAGCAGCAGCAUUACGGAAGCGGAAGCUGUGGAGCGUAUUACGAGCAGCACAACAGUAUCAAUAACAAUUUAGUGUACGGCAAACAUCCCCCGGUUCCCCCACCGCCGAUUCCGGCCAAGAGCCACGCCGUGACACAGCUGUCAAAGAACGGUAAUCGCCCCAACAACAACAAUAACAAUAACAACAAUGGCUUCGAAAUCUGCACCGUCACCAGUGGAGGUGGUGGCAAGAGUGGCCCAACCAGCACCGGCUCCACGCUGUCAACCUUCGCCAACAAGUUCCACAAAUUGACUGCGAAUCGCAACAGCAACAACAACAACAACUCUUUCGACGGCAAACAGAACCACGUGAACAACAACAACAACGUGCACCAUCAUCAACCUCAACCCAACGGUCACCAUCACCAGCAUCAUCAUCACCACGCUCAAACAACGGUGGUGGUGGGACAGCCGGGCCAACCGGGAGGAGGUCAUCACAACACGACACUGUCCUCGCCGGAGAGUGCUUACUCGACCGGAUACUCGUCCACCGAUGGGACGUCACCCGGUGGCUGCUCGUACACGCCCGAGUACUACAUCAACAUCCGGACGGGGACCCACUACUUCCCCAAGGGACUGACGGGAUGCAGCGGCCCGGCAGGAAGUGGUGCUGGUGCUGCUGGGGCAGGCGGUGGCAUCGGUGGACUCGAGAACGGCAACAAAUUCAAAUGUGGCCUGAACCGUAUCGAGGAACGGCACGUCGAGUUUGCGGUCGAGGAGCAAUGUCCCUCGCCGAGGAAAAGCUCGAGCAGCGACCUGACCACGACGACAAAAGCCAUCUCCGGGAAGGGCCAGUCUUCCGGUGGCACAACGACAACUAUUCUAAAGAAUGGACCCAGCAGCAACAACAAUCACAAUAAUAAUGGUUGCUUAUCACAACAGCAGCAGCAGCAGCAGACGCAGAUUCAGCAGCAGACGUUGCCAAAUGCAGUCGCGAUGAGUCCCGUCAUGCAGAAGAACCUCGGAAUGCAGCACUAUCGGAGCAUUGAAUCCCCUUCCCCACGCCAACGCUGUCGCAUCCGAACGAACCCGUGGCUUUCAACGCUGGACGGAUCGCUGGCCGGUACGAAUAUCAAGAAAACGGAACUGGACUCCGGCUCGACGACCUCCUCCGGCAUCAAAUCCAGCAGCGGCACCGAUGACAAUAAGAAGGACUCCAAGUCCGCGAACGCCCUGUCCGAUUCGGAUUCGAGCUCCUCGACGGAGAAGGUCAUCAGCAAGAAGAUGCUGACGCCGCGGAGCGUCAAGAAGGCCUGCGGGGACAUUUCCCGGCUGGACAGCAAGGCCACCACGUACUGCUCGAACCCGCUGGACAGCGACGAGGACGCGACGCUGAACGAGAUGAUGGGCAAGUUUGACGAGAGUUACCACUAUGAGAAAGAGACUGAUAUUUUGAGCUGCAGCGACUCCGACCCGACGGACUGCCCGUCGGACAUCGACACCGGUCAGGACGCCGGGGACGAGUGCGACACCGAUGACCUGCUAGAUCUGGACUUUAUCGACACCGGUUCGGUGGUGGAGGUGACGGACAAGGAGCCGUACAGGCAUACCGGUAGCUGCUCGUACCACAACUUCCCGGAGCGCCGGUCUUCUUCGAGGCAUCGAUCCGGGCGGUGCAAACGGAACAGCGAAAGUGGUGGCUCCAAGCGGCGAAAAAAGCUCGUCAGGACGCGGAAGAAGUUGGCGGAGGGUGGAGAAUCGGGAAGUCCUGGAGGGUUGGCAGGGGGUCGAGGUUGUAGGAGUUUGGGAGGAACGCCGGUGUCACACCGAAGGAACCAGUCGGAGGAACGGAGCCGGGAGAGGAAUGCUCCGUUGACGAAUCGGUGCAACUCGUUGACGUUCACCGAGGUGCACUCGCUUCAUAGCAGGAUCCUGGCCAUUUCCGAGAGUGAGAAGGCGCUGUUGAAGGCUGAUUUGGAGGCGGACGUCAAGUACAAGCAGUUGAUCCACGAGGCCGAAUCGAUUCUGUUCUCGAUGAAGACCAAUAGCAUGAAAGAGUUGAAGGAGAUCAAGGAACCACCAACGACGAUCUGCAGUCCGAGGAGGAUUUGUAACCCGCCGGCGAACAAACGGGUUGAAAUGUUGCGCAACUGUGAGGCAGAUCUUAAGCGAGAACUGGCCAAAACCUGCUCGCAGAAGUGUGCGGAAAGCGAACUCAACCCUGUUGAAGGAGUGAUCAUCAACAAGAGGCUCGAAGUUCUGCGCUACGAAACCUCAAUAUCCGCACCAAACAGCCCCAAGAACACCCGAAUGAUCCCGCGCAAGACCCACAUAACCAACUUCAUCAACCAAAACCACUGCACGGAAGUAAUCCACCGUAACACCGAAAACGACCUCAAAAGUGCCAAGCUAUCCCCCCAACCCCAACCGAUCUACGAGCGGAACAUCGCCCUACCAAAAUCCCCAACCCUCAACCGCCGUCGGUUCCGCAGCCAAAGCCCCAAGCUGAACAUCGAGUCCGACUCGGACUCUGACGAGCUCAGUCGCAACCUGGACCGCAACUCCCACUCCAAGAACAAAUCCCACAAGGAGAACCUCUCAACCUCGACCACUUCUUCGAGAAAAAGCAUUACAGGGAAACCGCUCAACAACUUCCGGCACACGAUCCACGUUGGCGGCAGUUCCACACCCGUUGAGGACAAACCGUCAACACCCGCCGUAGUCUACUCCAGCUCGUUCAACGAGGGAGACAUUAAGCAGCAGCAGCGGUUGAUGCACAAGUCUCCGCUGAUGUCGUUCCGGUCAGUCGAUAUGGGCAACACGCUGACGGACGAUAGCUACUGUCCGCAGAGUGAGCCGCUGAAGCGGAAGAUCUACACGUGCAGUGCGACGUUCGAGAAGAUUCAGCGCAGCUUGGACGUGGAUCCGGAACUCUCCAAGAAAGCUCUGCUACACAAGAUAACGCUUCUGCGCCGCGAGCGCCUGGCAAAAUCCAAAGCUGAAAACGCGUGCCACCACCCGGGACUCGAACCAUCGUCAGCUUCAUCAGCGCAAAGCGUAACUCCGUCUAACGGCGACGCGGAACGUAACGGAGCCAAAAACGGCGAGCUUUCGCUGCUCAACGGAGUAGGCGAGUCGGACUUUAAGCAGCAGCUGAUCAUGAGCACGCUCGCAGACAUCAAGCGAAGUCUCGAGGAUCAGAGCGUCGAGCUGAACGAGCUCAACGAUUCCGAUAAUUGAGGAAGUGAUCCCGAUUGCGCGGACAAAGGGAGGGUGGUAAUUAACCGAAAUGUGAUCGUUAAGUUGGAUUGUUUUUUUGUGUUUUCGAAUAGCUCUUUAACUAUUUUUAAAAUCUUUUUCUUUUGUUUCAUUUUUUGCGGUGUUUGAUCAAAUCGAACGCACGAACAAUUGUAGAACAAUUAUUUAAACUUUUUCUAGCAAAAAAUACAAUGAAUUUACUGUCGCGAAAGCAAACGAGAAUAAAAUUUAUUCAAAACUUACUUAACAAACAAAGCAGAGAGUGCGACAAACUC